AUGGGCGAUACAGUUUCGGAAGUCAUCGGCCACCUCAGCGACGAAGUAAAAAAUUUAAAAAUUAGACAACAGAAUUUCGAAGAGGAGGUCCGCCAUGCCGCCGAGGUGGAGAUGAAGAAAAUGCAGGAUUUGCAAUUCCAGCAAGAAUGGAACGAUGAGGAUAAUCAGAGGGACUGCAGAAGAUUCCAGAAAACGGUGGAUAAACAACAGGAUACGGUAGCUCAGCUCGGUUCGUUCGUUCAGAAUCUUUUAGUGGAAUUCAAGCGAAUGCGCGAGGAAGAUAACGCAUUCAAGAAUGAAUUGCUUCGAGAGCUCGGAUACCUUCGUGAUGACGUCAUCGAGUGGAAGAGACAGCUGGAUAACAGAUCGGUUCGAUUCAAGGCACAACCACAGGUCUUCACUUUUGACGAUUAUUCGGGCAAUGUUACGGAUCAUUCGAUGUGGAGUCAUCAGCCGCUGAAGACGUCGACGCCGAUGCCGCCAGCAAUCAAGAAUUUCGAAAACUACGGGGCUCUUGCCAACAUCCAGAAUUCGCUCAACAAUUUGGAAGAAGGCGUUCCAGCAUUCCAUGAUGAGCUCGCCAAAAUUCAUGACAAAGUCGAUGAGCUCACUUUCAAGGUGGAGUCGAUAGAACAAUUCCAGCAGGGCGUGUUCGACGAGGCUAAAAGCCAACUGGAUCAAAUGAGAAACGAGCAGAAGAAAAAGAUGCAAGAGAUUCAGAUGAAUCAGAGGGAUGAGUUUGAUAGUCUUCGUGUGGAUUGGACGAAUGCUAGAAGAAAUUACAAUGAUGAGACAGGCUACGUUGCUCCAUCAGAAGACCGCGAAAACAUCCCUCCUCCGAACCAAGCAUACAACAGUCCAUCCCGUCCAGAAGCCCCGCCCCGUUUCCUAAAGGAUUUCCCAAAACUCGUGUACCAACUGUUCCCCGACUAUUACGCCGAUCCGAUUCUCCGUCAAAACUGUCUCAACUGUAUCAACUCUUCGAAAACUCAAGAUGAAAUCGAGACGCGCGUCAUGGAGUUAUAUGAGCUCCCAAAGAAGUAG